CGGUGACGCUCGAGCGGGCACCGAAGAGCAGGAGGGUUUAUAGGGCGGCCGCAGCCGUCCGGGAGGCAGGUCAGAGUCUUUGGGCCUCAGACCCAGCUGGGGGGACGCUGAGCGCGGUGCUGGACGUGUGUGGGGAGGAGCCCAAUGACAGGGUGUCCCGCUCCCAAGGUCCCAGAGAAGCCGCUCGUGUGGACGUCACCCUGAUGGGCCGCUUGUUCUCCGCCGGUUCCGCCGUCAGAAGGAGAGCACUCGCCGUCCUGGGCGUCAUGCUGGCGGCGGCCUGUGCCCAUGGCCUCUUUCCCUUCCUCCGGAGAGGCCAGGACCUCCUGUGGGGACGGAGCGGAGACCCUCCUGUGCUCAGCGUCGUGGAGGAGACCAGACGCAUGGUGGACCGCGCCAUCUACCACACCGUGAAGAGAGACCUCCGCCAAAGAGGGGUCCCGUCUCCGUCACAGCUUCUGUCUUUUUCCAAACGCCCUGAGCCGACCAGCCGCGCCGUCUCCCGUGCGGCCGAGAUCAUGGAAGCCUCCGUGCAGGCCCUGAAGACAAGAGUCUCCGGGAAGCUCCGGAGAUCCUGGCCUCCCACCGAUGUCCUGCCAGAAGACGUGCUGAACACAGUCGCGAACGUGUCCGGAUGCUUGCCCUACAUGCUGCCCCCAGAGUGCCCAGACACCUGCCUGGCCGACAAGUACCGGCUCAUCACGGGCGCCUGCAACAACAGAGACCACCCCCGGUGGGGGGCGUCCAACACGGCGCUGGCGAGAUGGCUGCCCCCGGCCUACGAAGACGGCAUCAGCCAGCCCCGGGGGUGGAACCCCCACUUCCUGUACAGCGGCUUCCCGCUGCCCCCGGUCCGGGAGGUGACAAGACAAGUCAUUCAGGUCCCCAACGAGGCCGUCACUGAGGACGAGCAGUACUCCGACCUCCUGGCAGCGUGGGGACAAUACAUUGACCAUGACAUUGCGUUCACCCCCCAGAGCACCAGCAAAGCUGCGUUUGGGGGAGGGGCUGACUGCCAGCUGACGUGUGAAAACCAGAACCCAUGUUUCCCCAUACAGCUGCCCAGCAACGCCUCGGGGAGCGCCAGCAUCUCCUGUUUGCCGUUCUACCGGUCCUCUGCUGCCUGUGGCACCGGGAUGCAGGGCGCCUUCUUCGGGAACCUGAGCUCGGCCAACCCGCGACAGCAGAUGAACGGGCUGACGUCUUUCCUGGACGCGUCCACGGUGUAUGGCAGCUCCCCAGCCUUGGAGAAACAGCUGCGCAACUGGACGAGCGCCGAGGGGCUGCUCCGGGUCAACACGCGCCACCGGGACGCCGGCCGCGCCUACCUGCCCUUCGCGCAACUCACUACCUGCGCGCCUGAGCCCGGCCCCCACGGGACGACCGCUGCGCCCUGCUUCCUGGCGGGGGACAGCCGAGCCAGCGAGGUGCCCGCUCUCACGGCCCUGCACACGCUGUGGCUGCGCGAGCACAACCGGCUGGCCUCGGCGCUCAAGGCUCUGAACGCGCACUGGAGCGCCCACACGGCCUACCAGGAGGCGCGCAAGGUGGUGGGCGCCCUGCACCAGAUCAUCACCAUGCGGGAUUAUGUCCCCAAAGUCCUGGGCCCCGAGGCCUUCCAGAAGCACGUGGGCCCUUAUAAGGGCUACGACCCUGCCGUGGACCCCACCGUGUCCAAUGUGUUUUCCACGGCUGCCUUCCGCUUUGGCCACGCCACCGUGCACCCCCUGGUGAGGCGGCUGGACGCCGACUACCAGGAGCCCCCGGGCCUCCCCCCGCUGCGGCUACAGGACGCCUUCUUCCGUCCCUGGAGGCUCCUCAAGGAAGGGGGUCUGGACCCCCUGGUGAGGGGCCUCCUGGCGAGACCAGCCAAGCGGCAGGUGCCGGAGCAGCUGAUGAACGAGGAGCUGACGGAGAGGCUGUUCGUGCUGGGCAGCUCGGACGGGCUGGACCUGGCGUCCAUCAACCUGCAGCGGGGCCGGGACCACGGCCUGCCAGGCUACAACGCAUGGAGGGAGUUCUGCGGCCUGCCCAGACUGCAGACGCGGGCUGACCUGCACGCCACCUUCGCCAACGCCAGCAUCGCGGGCCGGAUAAUGGACCUGUAUGGGCACCCCGACAACAUCGAUGUCUGGCUGGGCGGCCUGGCCGAGACUUUCCUGCCCCAGGCGCGCACGGGCCCGCUGUUCGCGUGCCUCAUCGGGAGACAGAUGAAGGCCCUGAGGGACGGAGACCGGUUCUGGUGGGAGAGCAGCGGGGUGUUCACCGAGGCCCAGCGGCGCGCGCUGGCCAGACAUUCCCUGUCCCGGGUCCUCUGUGACAACACGGGCCUCCCCCGCGUGCCUGCGGAUGCCUUCCGAACCGGGAGAUUCCCGCGGGACUUUGAGGCGUGCGAGAACAUUCCGGGGCUGAACCUGGACGUGUGGAGGGAGCCCCCUCCUCAAGGUGACGCGUGUGGCCUCCCCGACGGCGUGGACAACGGGGACGUUGUGCUCUGCGGUGAGACCGGACGGCGCAUGCUCGUGUUCUCCUGCCGCCACGGGUUCCAGCUGCAGGGCCGGGAGCAGGUGGUUUGUGCCCCCCGCGGCCUGCUCCGGCCGCCCGUGUGCCGAGACGUCAACGAGUGUGAAGACGCGACGGCCCCUCCCUGCCACCCAUCGGCACGGUGCAGGAACACCAAGGGUGGCUUCCGCUGCGAGUGCACAGACCCCUACGUGCUGGCGGAGGACGGGACGGCGUGCGUAGACUCUGGGAGGCUCCCGAAGGCGUCCUGGGUCUCCAUCGCCUUGGGCGCCCUGCUGGUCGGCGGCCUGGCGGGUCUCACCUGGACAGUGGUUUGCAGGUGGGCACACGCCGGCCGGAAAGCCUCGCUGUGCAUCGCAGACUCGGGUGGAAAAGGAACCUGCCAGCCGGGUCUCGGAACGCGCUGGGACUCGAACGCGUCACAGCCUGCUGCCGCCACUCGGGGCGCAGGCCAGGACCCGGCCUGUGGAUCCCAAAUCCUUCUCUGCCAGUAGGAACCGCAGGGACACGCUCGGAAGCCAGUGCGACAGC